GCCACUCCUUUUAACAAACCCACAAGUGAGACUAAAGUGAAAUUAAGAUGGCCAUGCCAAGGCUAGCUUUUGCUGCAUUGAUUUUUGCAGCCACAGCAUCCAUGGCAUCAGCAGCAUCACCAGUCACAUUUAUCUUUGGUGACUCAUUAACAGAAGUUGGAAACAACAAUUAUCUGCAAUAUUCUCUUGCAAGAUCAAAUUUCCCUUUUUAUGGGAUAGAUUAUGCCGGUGGCCAGGCCACUGGGAGGUUCACAAAUGGAAGGACUAUUGGUGAUAUCAUUUCGGAAAAACUUGGGAUUUCAUCACCACCACCUUAUCUUUCUUUGUCGCAAAAUGAUGAUGCAGUCCUUAAGGGGGUUAAUUAUGCAUCCGGCGGAGCAGGAAUUCUCAAUGACACUGGACUUUAUUUUAUUCAGAGAUUAUCCUUUGAUGAUCAGAUCAAAUACUUUGAGAAGACUAAGGAAACAAUGAAGAACAAAAUAGGGGAAGUGGCAGCAAACAAGCUAUGCAAUGAAGCCAUGUACUUCAUUGGAAUUGGAAGCAAUGACUAUGUCAACAAUUUCUUGCAACCCUUUUUACCAGAUGGUCAACAAUACACAUCCGACGAAUUUAGGGACCUCUUAAUCUCCACCCUGGACAAACAACUUUCGAGGCUCUACCAACUCGGUGCACGAAAGAUGGUCUUUCAUGGUCUUAGCCCUCUAGGCUGCAUUCCUUCUCAGAGGGUGAAAUCAAAGAAAGGUGAAUGCUUGAAGAGAAUCAAUCAAUGGGCUCUGGACUUCAACUCCGGUGUACAAAAGCUAUUCGCCUCUCUCAGCCAGCACCUUCCAAAUGCAAAACUAAUAUUUGCAGAUACAUACCCAGCAGUUCUAGACUUGAUCGAUAAUCCUAGUAAAUAUGGUUUUAAGGUUUCUAAUACAUCGUGUUGCAACGUAGACUCAUCCGUUGGAGGGCUAUGCCUGCCUAACUCGAAGUUAUGCAGUAAUCGCAGUGACUAUGUAUUCUGGGAUGCAUUCCAUCCCUCGGACAAAGCAAAUGCAAUACUUGCUGAAGAAUUCUUCUCCCUCCUGUUUUCUGCUGCUCCAUCCAUUGCACCUACUCCCUCAAAUUGAUCAUAUAUCAAUAGUAAAAAUACCCUAAAUGCAUACGGUCGAUGUAUCCCUAUUAAUUAUUUAGGAAAGCCAAGGAACAGUUUGUUUCCAGCUAUGUCUUGUCGAAACACAAGCUUCUCCGAUAAUUGUAUCUAAAAUAUUGAGUGAGCACAAUAUUAGCGAUAUAAAAUAGUAUUUGAGUAAUAGAAAUCAUUGAAACUCUUUGGCAGA